GUCGUAGGCAUAAUGGAAGGGAGAAAAAAAAAGAUGACAGCAAUUUGUGUGUAAAUGUUCCUGAGGAACUAACUCGCAUCCCUAAUAAAUAUAUUUAUAAGUUGUUUUAUGCUUGGAGAGGAUUUACAAAUAUCUGGCAACAGGUUUGAUAACGAGUUGGGACUUGCUUUUAAAGACAGUGCGCGUUUCAGAACCUCUUAUCGUACAACUUCGUUAUUUAAUAGAACCGGAAGCGAUCGCAGUGUACGUUUUUUUUCCGAUUCGAAGUGUAAACAAACAUUCAACUUCUCAAUAAUGAGACUUAAUCAGUUGUUCAAUUGAGAAAAUGUCAAACGCUUUCAUAAUCCCUUCAGUUCGACCUAGAGCUAGGGCUAGACCUACUACAAAAACAUCGAUACAAAUAACAAAUGCGCCUGAAAAACAUCUCGAGUUCGCAGAGAUGAAACGUAAGCUUUUGGAAACUGAGAAUACGUUACGAAAUCUGAACAAACUUGAAGAACAAGUCUUAAACGAAACGUAAGUUACUUACUUUAGAUAUUUAAGUAAGAACUAUUUAUUUAUUCAGAAUGUUAAUAUUUUCAUUCGUUCCACGAAAGAACAUUUAUAAUUUUCCUUAUCAGUCAAAUGGAUUGAAAAUCGAUGGCAUAAGACAGACGACUUAGUAGUAAGUAUUAGUAAGUAUUUGGGCUAGGACUAGGUCAAGUAGUAUUAGUAGUAGUAGUAGUAGGUAGACUUGAGGACUCCUACUCAUGCAGCUAGAAGAGUUUUUAAUUUUUUAAAACUCACAACUGAAACUCAGAAUUGUCUUAUUUUAAAGAUUACCUUAAUGGGCUGUUUCAGAUUGAGCGGCCCACGACGACUUUGUUUUGGAUUCACUCCCCUUUAUUUUUUAUUCGUAUAAAAUCAAUUAUAAUUUUUAAAAAUUGCCUGUUUUAAUUAAAAAUUAAAAACCCAUUUUGUAGGCAUUGUUUCAUUGUAUUAGUAGGGCCUUCAUCAGCCUUCAUUUUAUUUAUUAUAUUUUUAUCCACUCAAUCUACUGGUGCAUUGAGUAGAACUACUUUUAUUUGGCUACCCUAGUCGUGAGACUUUUCAUACUAUAGGGCAUAAUGGGGGCCUACCACUCAAGCUCAAUGAGGGUAUGGCUAUGCAUUCAUAAAGGAAUAUGAAUUUCAAUGUUUUGCAGGUGAUUGUAAAGAAAUUCAAUAGUAGUCAUUGCUGGAAUGUUGUCUUGGUUAAAAAAAAUAAUUUCUAUAACCGUUUUAUUAAAAUGAAAAAUUGAUUAGUGGAUUGUUUUUUGACAUCCUUAGUUUAAAUUAAAAUAUUCCUCUUACUCUUAGCCAUUCUCACUCCCAAUUGAGCAUAGGCCAUCCACAAUACUUUUCCAUCUGUCCCUGUCCUGGGCUAUUUUUGCUAGUUCAAGCCCAGCUUUUCUUCAUUUUCUUCACCUCUGUCUCUACUAUCUCUUCCAUGAAGCUCUUAGUCUUCCUCUUUUCCUGGUACUUUGAGGAUUCCAGUUCAGGGUGAUGUAAGUGUUUGGUUUCCUUAAUGUGUGCCCUAUCCAUCUUCAUUUCCUCAUUUUUAUCUCUGUUUCCAUCGGGACACUUGGUGUUCGCUCCCAAAGGACAGUGUUACAUAUUUUGUCAAACCAUCUUAUUUUGAGGAUCCUUCGGAAGCAUCUGUUUUUAAAAACCUGCAGUUUUUUUAAUGUUUGUUUUUAUUGUUCUCCAAGUUUCACAGCCAUACAGAAUUGCCUUGACAUUUGAGUUGAAUAUUUUUAACUUUGUUUUUGUCAGUAUUUCACUUGAGUUCCAGGUGUUUCGCAGGGCAUUGGAUGCUCUUCUGGCCUUUUGGACCCUAGACUUUAUUUCCUCAUCUGUGCCACCGUUUUUAUUUAUGAUGCUUCCCAGGUAUGUAAAGGUUUCAACUUCUUCAAGAGAGGCUCCUAUAAGGUUAAUUCCAAUGACUCCAUCAUCCACUGCAUUUAUUCUUAAGGUCUUUGUUUUCGCUUUAUUUAUGCUAAGACCAAUUUGCUGGGAUACAGAGUCAAGUUUUGUUGUUUUUUCCUGUAUUUGUUUAUGGCUAUGUGAUAAAAGUCCAAUGUCAUCUGCAAAAUCCAAAUCCUCUGUCUGAAACGUGUCCACUGGAUUCCAUUUUUCCCAACUCGUGUUGUUUCUCUCAUGAUCUAGUCAAUGGAUAACAGAAAGAGGAAUGGUGAGAGCAGGUAUCCCUGUCAAACUCCAGAUUCUAUCUUAAAUGGGUUUGUGAGUUCACCUCAAUGUAUAACCCUGCAAAUCAGAUCCUUGUAUGUGUUCUUAAUUAAGCAAGUUAGCUUUUGGGGAAUACCAUAAUGUGUUAAUAAUUUCCAGAGUAUAUCUCUGUCUAAGCUGUCAAAUGAUUUUUCGAAGUCGACAAAAUUUAGAUACAAUGAUGCAUUCCACUUCAAGCCUGUUCCAUGAUUAUGCGCAGGGUUGCAAUUUGGUCAGUACAUGAUCUUUUUUCUCUAAAACCAUCCUGUUCAUCUAUUAGCUUGGAUUCUAUUGCUUUUUUUAUUCUUUUAAUUCUAUUUAGUAUUUUUCCUAGUACAGAAAGCAGUAUGAUUCCUCAAUAAUUUCCACACUCUUGGAGAUCAUCUUUCUUUGGAAGUUUGACCAAGUAUCCUUCUCUCCACUCCAUGGGUAUCUCUUCUUGUCCCAGAUAGUCACAAUUAGCUGGUGAUGUAUGCUUGAUGACAGUUCCAGGUCUAUCUUAAGUACCUCUGCAGGUAUUCCAUCAGGGCCAGCGGCCUUUCCAUUUUUCAAUUGUUUGAUCACAUUUUUAAUUUCUGUUCUGUUGGGUGCAUUGCAGUCAAUGAGAAGAUCUUCUUCUGCAGGGAGAAUUUCAGGUGGUCUUGUGGGGCUGGCCUGUUUAGUACCUCUUUGAAAUAUUCUAACCAUCUUUUCUUUUGUUCAUCUUUGUUUGCUAGCUUUUUCCUCAAUUUGUCUUUGAUUGGCCUGCUUUGUAGAUGAAACUUUCCUGUGAGUCUCUUUGUUGCAUUGUACAGGUCCCGUAGGUUACCUUUUGAUGCAGCUUCUUCAGCCUCCCCAGCAAUAUCAUUAAUAAAUAAAUCUCCUUUUAUCUGAUGUUCUUUUAACCACUUGGUUUGCAUUUGCGUAGUUGUUAAAACAGUCACUUUUGCUGCUCUUGUUUUAAAAUAAAUUAUCUUUUUUCUUUUCCUCUCUUAAAUUUAAUUUUGUAUAUUGUUUCUUUUGAGAACAAAUUAAAACAUUAUUGAAUGUAUUGAUGCUUAGCCAUUGAAGUAUAGAAACUCAUAUAAGCUGAAUUCUAAAAUGUUUGUUAAAAUAUUAAAUUAAGAUUUUGAACAAAGUAUUCAUUUCAAAACAGAUCUGAUUUAGCCAUAUCUGUGAACGAACAUCAGGCUAAAGUCUAUGGAAAUCCAAAUUCAGAAGAUGGAACUGGCAGUGUUAGGUCUGUUCCAGAUUCAUACACUUGGUUUGCUGCACCUAAAAUAUCAAGCAGUACACCAAGCAAGACUGUGGUAUGUCACAAUCAUCAAAAUGUAGAUUGAGAGAAUCUGUUGUGCCUCUUUAAAAGUAACAUUUUUUUCUUUUUGGUGCUGUUACUUGAAUAACAGUCUAGCAAAAUAAUUUAUCUGCAGCAAAGAUCCUUAUUUGCAAUAACUUGAUAUAAAUUUUGUAACAUCAAGGUAAAAAUUUAAUUAAAAUUUUAUCAACAUACUUACAGCUUUAAAAAGUGUUUGGUGUAAUUUUCUUUGCAAGUGUAAUUUAUUUUUCUCACUUUUCCUACACCUUUUAUACCUUUUUCUUUUUAAAGCAAAAUUCUUUGCCUCUACAAGGGGAGGAAAGUUUUUCCUCUGACAACUCGACUUCUACCAAUACCUCUUCAACAAAACAAACGCAAUCUUCCUCUAAAUACGAACGCAAAUUACUGCACCAAAAUCAAAGGUUAUUGAAAGAAGUUGAACGUUUGAUGAAGGAACUUCAUAAAGCUAAAAUUGAGGUACAUUAAAAAAAAAAUUGAUUGUAAAAGCUGUAUUUCACCUUUUACCUCUUCUUAAUGGUUAGAUAAAUUGAUAAAAAAAAUAAUUAUAUAUAUAUAACACUAUAAACACUAUGUAUUAUUUUCAUUCUAUGUAGACAUAUGAGUUAUAAAGAAUCAAGAUAUUUUAGAGUAUAUCAAAAUCAAUGAUAACAUUCUUCUGAUAAAAAAGAAUGACCUCUACCAAAAAAUAAUCCAGAAUGUUAAUGUAUAUCAUGAAAGUGAUUUGCAUAUUAAAUUAACCAAUUAAGAAUUUAUAUGGUUUGUUAUUUCAGAGUCUUAUCAGGCAUGACUUACUCAAACUAUGUCUUACACACAUUUAAGACAUGGAAUAAACAUUUUUAAAUUUGUUCACAGGCUGCAUCACUUGAAAGGUCAGCAGAGAUAGCUAAUAAAGUUCCUGAUCUUGAGGACAAAAUUGAAGGCCUUAUUGCAGAAAGCCGAGCUCAGGACAAAGCCUUGAGGUAAAUGCUUUCCAUAGUUGGUGUAUUUAAUGAGAUGAAUCCUAGUUUUGUAAAUGGGAAAUGCAUUAUUUAAAAAAAGAUUUUGUUGUGGUAUGCUCCAUAACAGCAAGAUGUGACUUAUGAAAACUUAUUACAGAAAUAAUUGUAUUACUUUUGUGUUAAAAAUUCCUUAUUUGAACUAUGGUAGGUGCACAAAUGUAUAAAUAUAGCAUUUAAAUAUUACCUAUGCACUGAAGAGAGCGGGUUGUUGGUUUUGCAGAUUUUGCAUACAGAAUGUACAUGAAUUUAUGCACAAAGUCUGAAAAAAUUGUCCUGAAAUUUUGACAGUCUAUAAAUUAUAUCCUGUUAAUAUAUCUAAUAAAGCCAAUUAUAAACCAAAUAUCUGUGAAAUCCAUGGUUUCUAAUUAUUUUGGGAGCUUUAAAAAUAUCACCAUACUUAUCAUAUUGUUGAUUUUUUUUCACAAAAGAAGUCCCUAGAUAUCACAUAAGUAAUAUUUUUCAUAUGACAACUUUCAGUCCACCAUUUGCAUGUGCAUUGGGUGUAAUUUUUGAAGCAUAUGUGAUACUUAAUCUAAACCCGAACUUUUGAAAAAAAAUAUUACAAGGAAAUAAGUGGGGUGAAUUUGAGUAUGUUACCAUAAAGCAAAAAAACAAAGGUACUGAAAGUAUAUGGCACCACUAUUCAGUCCUUUAUAGCACCCGCAUAAUAUCAUCCUAAUAUAUUUUUGGUAAUGUAUUACUUCAUUGGCAUUACAUGUUAUGACUAAAAACUUUUCAGGCUUUUUCCAUAAAAAAUUAUGGGGUUGGCUUGUGACCAUACAGUCUUUAAAAUGAGUAUCUACAACUACCAUAAUUAUUUUGCUCAGCUGCACCGAUUAUUAUAUUGGAUAUGCCAAACAGACAUUUGAAAAAACCAGUCACAUUAUUUUUAACACCUUUACAACCACUUUGUUUAAUUACAGUGUGCAUCACAAUUGCCUAUAAAUGAAAGUGGGUGCUUUAUGAGGGGGUGGGGAAUUUCAUCUAUAUUUAUGCAUUGGGGGUAGCAUUGGGGGUCGAUGUUUCCAAAAAAGUAUGCAUAGCUUUUGGCAUAUCUAAUAAAUGGAUGGCCCCUUAUUUAAAUCUUGCAUCCAGAUUUGGAUAUCCUGAAAAUUAUUUUGUAACAGAAAUGAUAAAAAUAUGCAUCUGCUUGGAAUAUUUAGAUUUCUUUUUUUGUAAUAAAUAAUUUUAAAUUGUAGAUAUCCCCAUUUAAUAUCUUUUCCACUGAUUUCAAAAUAAAGGCUACCAGGCCAGUGGCGUAGCGAGGGUGUUUGGCGCCCGGGGACAAGAUUCCCGCCCGCGGACAAGAUCCAUUUUAAAGCACCCCCUUUUCUUUUUUUCAACUCUAAAACCCAUUAUUUUUACCAAUAAUAUAAUAUCAAAUCACAUUUUGGCGCCCCUAACUAGCUUGCGACCGGGGACAUCUGUCCCCCCCUGCCCCCCCAUCGCUACGCCUCUGUACCAGGCUACCAGGGAUUAGUUUGGAAGUUAUCAAUCAUUUGCUUUCAUCACUGUUAAUUUUUAUUUUUUAUUCUUGGAUUUUAAGUCCAAAUACAGACAAAAUAAUUUAAAUAAUAUAUAGAGCAGUGCCACUUGUAUCCUAUUCCUGUGUCCAAUUUAUUUCUACAUAUCAAAACUCAUUCUCAUACUCAAAAUAUUUAUAUUCAUAAUUAAAAAAAAAAAAUGCUCUGUAGGGAUGCUGAGAGACACCUAGAAGAGGGAGCAAAAAGAAAUGCUGAAUUGCAAAAAAGGCUUGAAGAAUUGGAAAAUUAUCAUGCUGAAGUUUGCAUGGAAUUGGAAGAAGUCAAGUACUCCAAAGAUGAGUAAGUUAUGCUGUUGUCUAAAAUAGAAAAAUAAGGUCAAAAUAACAUUUCAUGCCACUGUUAUAUGCUGUCAGGAAAGAGUAGUAUUUUCAUUGUAGAUUUUGAAAUAAUUUUAUAAUGUAAAUAUUCCAUUUAUAGAUUUUGAAUGGCUCUUACGCAGCUAUUUGAGUUCACAUUAUUUAUCUAAGUGCAGCCACCCUUUGUAGUGUUUGAGUUCUUGAUCAAUCAAUGUAUUUACAUAUAUAAAUGGAUUGUCAUCAUUUAAAAGUUUUUCUGUAUUGUUUAUAAUUUAAAAAGUAUUCAGUUUAUAUUCAAUUUUUAAAAUUAAAAUUUUGCUCAAGAUUCAUGCAAUUAUUUUAUUUUAAGGUUUCCUUCUUUUUUUUAAUUUGUGAAGUAAAAAUAAAGCUAUAAUGGGUACUUUAUUAUGUGAAAUGUGAGUUUAAUUAAUUGUUACAAAUCCACAAGUGCACAUCCACAAGUAUACUUAGUUUUACUAAUUUAAUGCUAUAAACAUAAAUAACAAUAUACUACUAAAAUCCUAUCAGUUAUUUUCUGAAAUUAACAUUUAUGCAUUAUAUUUUCUGUACAUGACCUUUUUUUUGCAUAAUAUGUAUAUUUUACAAUAUGAGUUCUAUCCUUUAUUACUAAAUGAACUGUCAUAAAGGAGACAACUAAAUAAACACAACUGAAAUACAAAAUUGUUAUUUAAGGGGAGCAAUUGAAUUACUAAAUGCAUUUUACUACAAUUAUUUAAGAUGAUUUAUUUUCAUGAUGCUCAUUAUAAUUUCACAAUGCUCAGAAAGUUUAAAUUUGCUUACAACCAGAAAGACACAGUGAGGUUGACGGGGUAUGCUAGGGAGAUGGGAAUGUUUCAAAAACUAUACCUAAAGUGUCACUGGGUAAAGCCCAGGAGGUACAAUUUAUCAUGAAAGUUUAAUAAAUAUCAUAUUACGUCAGGGGUUAAUAUUUAAAGCCUGAAAAGAAUAGUAGAAAAUUAUUUUAAAAACAGUUAUAAAGACUGUUUAAAAAAAAAGGAUUUAUGCUGGUUUUCAAAUGAAAUGUUUUGGCACUGGUCUUUAAAUGAAAUGUAAUGGCACUGGUGUUCAAAUCAAAUGUUCUGGCACUGGUAUUUAAAUGAAUGUUAUGGCAAUGGUCUUCAAAUGGAAUGUAAUGGAACUGGAAAUUUUCUUGUUUUACAUUGAGUUAAUUACGGAAAAGAGAAAACAUUUGUUUAAACAAUACUUGAAUGGUGUGUUUGAAAACUGCUAAAAGGUAUUUUGUAAUUGUAAUAGCACAUAAUAAGAAGAGUACUAAAACUUAUGGGAACCAGGCUCAUUAUAUUAACUCUGAGCAAUUUGUACUCUAAUAAUAAAACAAUAAAAAAUUUAUUCAGAUUUCCAAACAUUACUCAUUUAAAAGUAAAGUAUUUAAAUCUUUUUAUAAAAAAAAUGAAUUAAUUAAUUAAUAUUAGCUCUAUGUUAAAGUUGUUAAUUGUAUUUAGAUGUAGAUGUGGAAAGCAAUGGUGUUCUUUAAAAUUAAAAGGAAUGUGCCUUGAAAUGGCUAACAUUACCACACUGCAUAGUUAAAAAGAGAUUUACAUCUUACAUUAUAUUUAAUCAAAUAAUCUUCAUGAAUGUCAAUCAUUUAGGCAGAGUGUGACAUGUGGCUAAACACUUUAAAUGCAUUCUAGGUCUGGACAAAUUAUUGUCACAGAAAGGCUUUCUCAUUAUUGUGUUUCUCCAACCACUUGAAAAAGUUCAUUCAUUUAGUUUUUUUGCACAUGAAGUUCUAAAAAAUUGGAUAUUCCCGAUUUAUAUUUUUCCUUUUUUGGUGUUUUAUUAUAAGCUCUUACUGAAAGCACUGUCUAGAAACACAGUUACCUGGGUUAGCCAUAAUGGAACUGACUAAGAGUUUGCCCUUGAAAUUGGUGGCCUAUUGAGGACUAAUAGGUCUGCUCUAGCAAUACUGACAUUGUUCUUCAUUUAAAAUUAUUAGACUCCAUUGUCAUCAUUGAACAGUUAUAGUAGGUUUUUGCCAGAAAUUAAUGAUACUAUAUGUUAGAUACUUAGAUACAAACUUUAAUAUAGGCAGAUGCCCUUGUGAUGUCUGGUCUUCUCUGGGGACUGAUUACAUUUCUACCCAAUUCCCAAUAUUUACAAACAGAUCCACUGUUGUUUAGCCAAAGAAUUAUGUAUAAAUAAUAUUUAAGAUUAGAGAUGUAAUAUUUUAUUUAUGGUCAUACUUCUUAAGCAAAAUUGGCUGUGCCACUGGCACUUGGCCUAAGGCCUAUGACUGACAUGAUUUAACAAAACAAAAAUGUUCUUCCCAGCAGAAUUUUGAAAUAUGAAAAGGGGUGCAGUAUUUGCUUUAUCAGUGAGACUCCGGUUGCCAUCUGGGAUACAGAAUAAAUCUGUUAGAAGAUUAAUAACUAAUACAAAUCAUUGUAGUAUUAGGGUUGGUGGGGUUGGGUGGAGUCAGAGCUGCAAUAUGGAUAAUUUUGGCACGUCCAUCGCACUGGAAAGUUUGAAAACACUGCCUUUGAUAACAUUGAGAAUUUAUAUUGAAACAAAUGAUUUUUAAAAAGUUUUUUUAAUGAUAUAAGAAACCUUCUCUGAACUUGGUAAAGUUGAGCUACUCUGAACACUGCACUUACCUUUUAAACAUAUAAUUACCAAGUUUUGAGAGUCAGAAAGGUGAAAUAAGUCUAAAUUUAUUAUGGUUUACUUUUAGCAUGACACAACUAACAUAUAUUUUUUUUGGAUACAUUCAAUGUUUCAACCUGCAGUGUAUUGCUAGAAUAUUCACCUGCAAAGUUUAUGAGAUAGAUUAUUCCCUGUUGAGUAACUUAUUAGUUAUUUAUUUUGAAUUUAAAGGAGAGAAAUAUUAUAACUGCAGAAUCAUUUUUAAAUAACAAUUUCCAGAAUUGAAAAGAAAAGAGAUGAAGCAUUGCACGAUCUGAUGGAGGCCCAUGAUUCACUGGAAGAUUAUCAGCGUAAAAUUAAAGACAAAAUUAAAAAGGUCAGUUUGGCAUAGUAUUAAAUUUACCUCCUUUUUGCAAUUUCAAUAUACCUUUUUAAUUAUCCUCGUCAGAUUGUCUAUUUUUUUUUCUUCCCCAAAAUGAAAUACACUUAAAAACUAAAUGUGUAAAUAGAUCUCCUGCCCUUCUAGAAGACUUCAAUCAAUACUUGUUGUGCUUACUAAAUAAUAAUUAUAAAAUAUCAUUAUAAUUAUAGACAUUGGUUAUGAUUAAAGAUAGUUGGAAAGCUUCUUACUUUUCAGCUAUUAUGAUGUGUGCACUGCUCUCUGCUCUUUACUUCAAUGCACAUAUUUUUAUUGUUUAACAACUGUUUGACAAAAGUUUCAAACAUUUUUUAAUGUCAGAAUCUAAUAUUAUCAGCUAUUUUAUUAUUUCUUUUUCACAAAUUAAUGACCUUUGCUUCUUUUAUAUUGUCUAAGAUGGAAAAUGUUGAAGAUGAAUUUCGUGAUGCCUUGGCCCGUGCUAUUCAGGAGAGGGAUGAUGCCUUGGAGCAGGUAUCUGAUAUGCAAACAUCGCUGGCGUCACAAGAGGCACAGAUCAAGUAUGUUUAUUUAACCUUGCCAGUUUACUUCUCAAUAAGAAUAAUAAGAUUGUACCAUCAUAAACAUUGUCUAAUUAUAGAAUAAUUAAUGUUUUUAAUUAUUUUAUUGGUUUCAUUUUAAUAGUUAUGAGAUGUUUUAAAAUAAUAUUAUUCUUAAUUUACUUACACAUUAAUUAAAGAUUAUUAUUGUCAUUUUUUACUUUAAUGUCAAUCCUUUAUUAAUUAAUAGUAUAUAAUGGUAAGUCAAAUAAGUGUGUGCAUAGAUUUGUAAUUUCACCAUUUUAGGCAAGGAAUUUGUGAGAAUUAUCGGUUUUUACAAGGGUUUACAAUUUUAAAUCAUCUGUACUACAUUAAAAUAAAUAAACACAAUAAUAUCCCUUACAAACAGAUUACAUGUUGAUUGGUCUAACAAGUUGAUCUAAGUAAAUUAUCAAUAUUUUCAGAGGGUUAAUUACUUGGAUAAAGUUGGGAAUCUCUAUACUAAAUCAUUUAAAACAAUCAUCUCAAAUAGUUUCUAAUAAUUAUAAUAUAAACAUAGUUAAAACUGAUUGAUUGGGGUAGGACACCAUUAUCAAAUACCAUGAUGUGAAAUUGAUUAAGAAGUGUUUUAUGUUUAAAAGCAAUUAUAUAAAAAAUGCAAACUAUUUUAUUGAUGAUGCUUCUUUUAUUGACAUCACAAACCUUAAAAACAUUUUUAAAAUCAAACAUGAUUUGUUCACAUUAUUUUUAUUUUGCUUUAAAGCACAGAAAUAUCUGUUGAUGUCCUUUUGUAAAUCUCCUUUCCUUUUUUUACUUUUGUCAACUUUCACAGUCGCCUCCUCAACGAUGUAGAAAUGGAAACAACACGCAGGCUGGGGGUGGAGGAGGAAAAAAGGGGACUUGAAGAACAGCUUAAGUUAUUGAUUUCUGAACUAGGUGAUUAAACACAUCAUUAUUGCUUAAGAAACAUAUGAUAAUUGCUUUGCAGUAUAUUCUGAUAAGAAACCAAUUAUUAUUGCCUGACAGUAUUUAUCUGAUAAGAAACACAUUAUUAUAGCUUGACAGUAUAUAUCGGAUAAGAAACAUAAUUGCAAUUGGACCAUGUGGAAUGUUUCAAAAAGUUCAUCCGAUAGUUUUUUGCUUUCCUUUUAUUAUUCAUAUUUAUUUCUUCCCAUUGUCUGUGAGACAAGUCAUGAAUGAAAAUUUCAUAGUGCAUAAAUUCAAGAUUGAUUUUUAGGCAGAUUGAUUUAAACUAUGUGAUAAGGUUUAUGACAUGAAUUAACACCAUACACCAAUAAUGUUGGAAAGAAUUGCCAGUCUGUAAUAUAUAGUAAAGGAUUGGAUGUAUGAAAAAUAUUUGCAGACCUAGGUUGUAAUGUAAGCCAUUGAAGAAAAAAGCUUUUUAAACUUAAAAUUAAAUGAAAAUAUUGUAUUAGAGCACUGUUAAAGGAGUUCAAUUUGUCCUCUUAGAUAAACUGGAGAAGGAAAUGAAGGAUGCUAAGGAGAUUAAGAAAGAGAAACAGUUCCUUGAGGCAGAGAUGCAGGAGCAUCGAAAGCUGGCCCAAGAGAUUGCAGAUCUUCUAAUGCAAGCUCACCACAAUCAAAACAAAAACGUUCUGGUAAGAAAAACUUUAAAAGAAAUAAUGAGUUUAUUUUAAAGUGAAAUCCUAUAAGACUAUAAAAGAAUAUUUGUUGUCUGAAAAUUCAAAUUAAAUCUUUAGAAUACCUGAAAAAUGCCUGACAUGCCAGCAAGAAUUUUUUAAGAUAAGAGUUUUUGUUAAACUUUAAGAAAUUUAUGCUUAGUUGAAACUAAAAAGCAAUAAUUUUUAACCUUUUAAGACUUAGAAUAUGAUUUUGGUUAACCCACAGGAUGACAGUGGCACAUAUAGCAUUCCUAUUAAAAAUGAAAUUCGAGUCUGGCAAGAUGAAAUGAUUUUGUCAGAUGCUGAACUGAACAAGAACAACAAUGGCUUGGAAGAUGGGAAUACUAACAAUAAUGGACUAAGUUGUGAGGGAGGGGGCACCACUAUGAUGGGGGAAUUAAGGUAAGUAACUGAAGUAACUAUUUUUGUUUUUGGGUCAACAUGUCAAUAUGAUUCAUGCCUUGGGCUGCUGAUGAUGAGUUCAACUUGUCAAGUAAACAGGAUUUCACUGCCCUGCUUUUGUUAUUAGCAUUGUUCAUUAGGGUGAAAACUGGUAGGAAUAAAUACAUCUUUGUGAUGCUAAAGCUCACAAUAUUAAAUGUCUAGUCCAACACAGCUCAACAAACAGCUAUGUGAGCUAACAUCAACCCUGUCUCACCUGUGUCAUAGACAGCUUCCACCAUAGCUGGAAUAAUCUUGUAAUAACUCAUGACAUGAUGGAAAAUAUAGUCUAGACUGUCGAUGCAAAACAUAAUGCAACUUAAUUAGUUUGAUAGAGAAUGUGUUGACAGACACUUUUGAUUUGAUAAGUUAAUCAAUUAUGUCACAUAUGGUGGUUACUCCGUUCACUCUGUGGUGACUUUUCACUUGGCUGAUGUGUAGGACAGAAACACCCUGAUUAGGUUUAGACUACUUGGUUGAUGUGUUGGAAAGAAACACUUUGAUUAGAAUUAAGUCUCAUAAACUUGAUUUUGAUCCUUUUAAUUAUUUAUGCCAUUAAAACCAUGGAUAAUUCUUCAACAAUGUUAAAUAUGUGUACUGCUUUAUAUAAAUUUAAAACAAAUACAGGGUCUAAUUUAAUUUUUUUUUCAUCCUUCGUUAUUUUACAUAAUGAAAUUAUUUUUCAUACUAAAACAUUAACAUAUUCAUUAAAUUCUUUUACAGAAAUUUGUUCACAAAUAUGGAUGGGGAAAUUCAACGUCUGCGGUACGACCUGAAACAGAGAGAUGCAGACGACCGGACUUAUCAAAAUUUACAUGAUGAAUUAAAGGUUCUCAUGGACAAAGUUGAAGGAGGUAAGAAACAAUACCCUCCAUGGAUGUAAUUUUUGUUUGGUCUCUAUAAAAAGUUUUACCAGUCUAUUUUAUUUAGACUUUGACCACAGGUUGCUCUAUGGUUUAUGUUUUAAUUAGUUAUCUAUUCUUAAUACCCCCCCUCCAAAAAAAAUAGUAAAAAAAAAAAAAAAAGAAAAAAGAGAUGCAUCUAUAUAUAACAGAGUAGAACCUAUGUGCCCAUUUUUAUUUAAACUUUGACCACAGGUUGCUCUAUGGAUUAUGUUUUAAUUAAUUAUCAAUUCUUAAUACCACCCCACCAAUAAAAAUAGUAAAAAAAAAAAAAAAAGAAAAAAGAGAUGCAUCUAUAUAUAACAGAGUAGAACCUAUGUGCCCAUAUAUUACAUAGAAAUGUGUUUAUUCUAUUAUAGGUGUAAGAGCUAAUCAAGAGCUAGAGUGUGCUGUUUGUGCCCUAGAAGAUGACAAAAGAACCCUAAAUCUGAAGUUGGAUGAAGCCCUCCAUGCACUAGCAGAGAGAGAGAGGCAGAUUCAGUGUUUGGACACACGCCUUAAUGAGCGAAACCACCAAGUGAUUUGUUUGCAAGAAGACAACACUUUGAAGGCUCAGAGACUCUGUGCUCUUGAGAAAGACUUGGAUGUAAGUCAUUGUGUCUAACAUUGACGCAUAAAGAGUGAAUGGUCUUAAGAGGGAAUGGCAUUACUUUGAAACAAAAUAAAUUCCAAUCUGAUCUAGGCAAUAUUAGAAGUUUAUUCAUGGAAAUCUUAACUGAAUUAAUAGGCUUUAAUGUACCAAAAUGUCUUGAAAAUAAUAUUUUCUUUGAGGAAGCGCACCAAAAAGCCAACAAUAAUUUUAAUAAAAGUUAGAAUAUAGAUCAGUGCAUAGUAGUAAAUUAUAUUGAGUAAUUUCAGUGGUCUCAGCGUCUGCUGUAACUUGAAAGCAUAUCGUAUAACAGAACCAUGGUACUGAAAAGGUUUGAUUUGAUAAAGUUGACUUUACUCAGUUGGCAAUGACCAGUUGAUUAAUCUUUUAAAUACAGUGCUGCGAGCGCCGACUGAAACUUGCCAGCUCAGGCAGCAAUGAGAGUCUAGAACAGCUCAAAGCAGCAGAGGACCGGAUUAAAGAGCUGGAAGAAAUUCUUAAAUGCAAGGAAAACUCAAUUAUGGAUUUGCAGGUAACUGUUACAUUUAUCUGUUGUUCAAGUAAAACAAAAAUAUUGAUGUGAUCUGGUAACAAUUUUCCCUCAUUGGGGAUUCAUUACCAUUUUGCGGUCCAUGGUCGAAUUGGGGGUUUAUUACUGUUUUGGGGUCCAUGGUAUCAUUUGGUGUUCAUUACCCUUUUGGGUUCAUGGUCUAAUUUGGAGAUUAAUAGCCCUAUUGGGCUUCACUGCCUUAUUGGGGUUUAUUGUCUAAUUGGGGGUUCAUUUCCCUAUAUAGGAUUUUGUAGAUAUCUGAAAUAAAUGCACUAUUUGGCCACUUCAUCUUAUUAUUUUCACAUAGCACAUUUUAAUGACAUUUUUUUUUUAUAGAGUAGUUGGUUUACUGUUCAUAGGUCUUUUCCACUACCUUGAUUUGUAGAAAUUACAUUAUAAAAUAUGUAUAAACUCAAAUGAAAAUUCAAAAUCAUUAUUUUUCGUCUCUUAUUUAAAUUUCUCAUGAAAUGAUGCCCUAUUACCAUUGAUGAAAUUGCUAAAAGAAAAAGAAGUAAUUUAAACAUCUUGUUUCCAACCAUGUGUAAAUGUUCACAGAAUCAAGUUGUGAAAUUGCAAAAAGAUAUGAGAUGUUUACAAAACAAAUUAGAGAAAAAAGCAGAAUGUCUUACUCAACAAGUCUACGAAUAUCAGAAGCAAACAGAUCAGGUAAAAAUAUUAUUUAGGUUAUUAAUUUGGUCUGUGUUUUUUGAUUAGUUUUUAAGGAUUUAUUUUAUAAUUAACUUUGCUUCAUGGUUCCCAUUCUUUGUCACUUAAUAAAUAAUAUCACUUUACAAAAUUUGACUUAAUAGAUAAUAUCCUUUGAACAAGAUUUGACUUAAUUGAUAUCAUUUGAGCUAGAUUGUCUUAAUAGAUGAUAUCAUUUGAUUAAUAUUUGACCCGACUUAUAGAUGAUAUUUGAAUAAGGUUCAACUAGAUGAUAUCAUUUGAUUAAGAUUUGACUUAACUUAAAAGAUAACAUUUGAAGAAGAUUUAAAUCAAAGAAUUAUCAAGUGUUGUUUUUUAUUUCUAAGCUGUCAUCUGACAAUGAUUCACUACGCCAGAAACUAGCUGUCUGCACCAAAGCUUCUGAAGAGUGCAAGCGUUGUCUCCGUGCCCGUGAAGACCAAAUAAGAUGUCUAGAUCUUCAGAUUGAUGAGCUCAAAGAAGUUAGCAAUUUUAGUGUUACGUUGCAAAUAUAACUCACAAUAUCAGUAUAAAUUAUCAGUCUUAUCAUGUUAAUUGUAGAUAAGUGAAUGACAAGAUAGUGAAAAGUUGACAAAAAUGGACAGAUUAAAUUAAAAGUAUUCCUAACAUCUGAUCUUAAAGUUGAAUUGUUCACUCAUUAAUUAAUUUAAUGGGUAAAUUUUUUUUUACAACCUCAGAAUUAAGAAAAUGAGGCAGUCCUUUAAUCUAGCUGGGUUUUCAAGUUUGAUUAUAAAGAAACGUUUUAAACUGAAUAAUAUUUAAAUUCUGCUGAAUUCUGGGCAAAAAGCACAGAAGGCUCUCAUAUCAAAGUAUUCUUGAAAGGCCGAGUUAAUUUAUUUCACCACAAGGACUUACUAUUUUAUAUACAGCCAUGCCCAUUUUAGAAUUCAAUUGUUUAGGAUGAUUUAUCAAAACUUUUAAAUUAUUUUUAUAAUAAACUAAAAGCAACAUUUAUAAUCCAUUAGAAAUAGGGAAUAGGUUCAAAUCAAUUCUGCUCUGGGCAACAGCAAGAAGGGGUUAUAAUAUAGAGUGGUUAAAUAGUUAAUAAAGAUUGAAAUUAACCUGAUAUUUCUCUCUUAAUCAGACUAUUGAAGAGAAAGACAAGUUACACUGCAAAGUGCUAGAAUCAUAUCAGCAAAAGAUCUGCAAAUCCAAUGAACAAAUUAAAAACCUUGAAUGUGCUCUGAUGAUGUGCAAGAAUGAGGUCCAAAUGCACCUAGAGACCAUGGAAAAGAUAAAAAAUCACUUUGAAGUUGAAUUAAACAACAGAGAUGGUUGUGUAAGUUGAAUAUUCUUUUUUGCUUUUUUCCCCACUUAAAGUUAAUACUCCAUGGCUAAGCAUACUUGGCUCUGGAGUUUUUUGAUAGGAUUACUAUUUUUAAUAUGGACUUCCAUAUCUUUGUUAGACCAUGAAUAGUAAACCCCUGUAACUUGCCUUAAACAAACCAUUUUGUCUUUUGUUUCAAUGGUGCUGACAUAUUAGAGAUGAUUCUGGAAUAUUUAUACUUUAAUUUGUUGUUACUUAAUAUUUGCUUCCAGAUCAAACAUUUAAAAGAAGAAUUAAGAAAAACCACAGAAGAUCUUAAGUGUCGAACUGAAGAAAACUGCAACUUGGAACAGACUUUGGCUGAUGUCAAUGCUAAAUUAGCAAAUUCUUAUAAUCAGUUAAAGAACUGUGAUCAGAAUAUUUGCUGUUUGACAGAAAAGGUAAAAAUAUUUAUAAUAAUUUAAAAAAAACAACUAAAUCACAAAUAAUUUAAAUAAUUCAUAUUUCAUCACCUAACACAUUAAUUUUAUCCUUUGGGUAAAAAGAAGUGAAAAGAUGUACAAUUGUAAACUUGUUUCCAAACAGGAAUUUCUUUGGUGAAAAUAAUGAAUCCAUUAUAUUAUUUUUUAAUUACAAGUGCAUUUUAAAUUUAUUUAACCGUGUACUUGUUUUCUUGAACUAUUUCUAGUUUAACUGGUCUAUGAAAUUUUUAUUUCUAGUUUAUCUUAUAGCGAAAUGCAUAUGUAUAUUUCGAGAUUAAUUGGAAGGCCCAACUUCCAACUUUUUAAAAAUCCAGCCCCCUAGCCCACUCUUAUAAGGGUCUCAAGUAAAAGGCAUAAUUUUUAUUCAUUUUCUCCUCAAAUUUUUGCAAAAGGUGGCUCGACAUAGCUUUCAGUUUUCUUUAAUCUAAUACAGGUAUUGAUUAUUUUAACUGAGAAUGUAUCAAAGUGACUAUGUGUCUUGAAAAAAAUAAAAAUAAUUUUAAACAAAUAUAACAAUCAAAUUUUGCUGAAAAACUUAACUUCAAAAUUGCUGACUGUUGUUCUUCAGUAAAAACCACAAUGAAAGUAUUGAGAUAAGGGUCUCUUCAGAUGAGACACUAAUCAAUAUUUUAUGCAUGAAUUUUUUUAAACAAAAUAUUUUAUAAGCCCCUUUCUUGAUAAAUAAAUUAUUGGAAAAUUAGAAAUUAAAAAUAGCUAUAGAAAAUUUUCACAACGGGUUAUCUAAUUUUCAGUGCUUUCCUUUUCAUUUUAAUUUCAUACAGUUGAAAAACACAGAAAAUCAGAUGUUGAAGGAUAAAGCCUGUUACAUGAAGGAAACUGAAGAAUUAGAACGCAGAUUGUCUCAAGCACUGAACAAUCUGCAAUGUACUCAUGAGGAAAUUAACAAAUUAAAGAGUUGUUUGUCGUAAGUCAAAGGAUUUGAUACAACGAAAAAAAAAUAUUUGUGAAGUACUUAAGUCACAUCUUUGUCUGGACCCAAACAGUUGCUGCCACUGAUCUGGUUAAGCUAAGACUACUGAAUAAAUUGACAAAAAAUUAUUAUAUAUGAAGCAUUAAAAAUAUUCUCUAAAUUUACAAUUUGACUCUUUAAAGUGGAUAUUUUCAAAGACGAUAAUUUUUACUUAAGUACCUCAGACUUCAACUAAGGUCUUCAUUUUCUAAAUAUCUGAUUUUUACCAAUAAUAUUGGCUGAGUAAGUUUUUCAUUUUUUUAUCAUCUUUGUACCCAUGAUAUCUUCUCUCUCAUGUGGUUAUGUGAUUCUUUAUCAAUCAUCACCACUUUUCUCUUAGAGAGAAAUCUGCCAUGGUGGAUUGCCUUCAAGGAGAGAAAAACAGCUUAUUGAGAGAUCUUACCAAAUGCAAAGAAGUGGCGUGCUGUUUGCAAGACAAACUUGUGAAAAUGGAGAAAGACAAUCAAGAACUUUGUCGUCAGUUACAACAAAAAAUGGACUGCAGUGAGUGGUAUUUUAUUUACGUUAAAAAAAAGUGGUGUUGUUGAUGCAUCUCAUAAGUGUCAAGGUCAUGAAAACUUGUGAAAAAUAGUUUUAUAACUAUGUAAAUGGGCAGCCAUGUGAUGAUGUUAUCUAAGAAAGAACAGAGAUAUUCUCACCCUCUUGGUUAACAUGCACAUUUUGCACAUUCUUCUUACGCUCGCAGUCCACAUCCACUAUCAGAUGAUUGUUAUUACAAUAUUAUGUUUGAACCAAAAUAUUUAAGUGUUUGCCAUUGUGUAAUAGACUUGUUAUCUAUAUGAGUUCCGGAUAUAAAUAAAGAUUAUAUAUAAAAUAUAUAACCUAUACAAAUAAUCACAUCUGGAGGAAUUUUGACAUUAAGGCCAUGGUUUUGGAAUCUCUUUUUGAUAAUUCAUGAACAGAGCAGCUGAACAAACUUCAUGUCUUAAGAAGAUUGGUGGUUGAUUUUGAUGUAAUUAAAUGAGUGCCACAAUUCCUAUUCAUUAGUAGUAAUUGCUUUCCAUUUAUACAUACUUGAGAUGUAACUAAAUGAGUGCUACAAUUCCUAUUCAUUAGUAGUAAUUGCUUUCCAUUUAUACAUACUUGAGAUGCAACUAAAUGAGUGCUACAAUUCCUAUUCAUUAGUAGUAAUUGCUUUCCAUUUAUACAUACUUGAGAUGCAACUAAAUGAGUGCUACAAUUCCUAUUCACUAGUAGUAAUUGCUUUCGAUGUAUUAAUCCUGGAGAAAACAAAUUCUGAUCACGAUAACUUCAGUAAAAUUCAUUGUAUAUAGAAAAAAAAUUGUAACAAGAGAAGAAUUCCUAUGAAAAAUCCAUCUUCAAUAGCAAUGGAUAUAAGUUCUAAAUUUAUUAUUGAUGUGUCAAAGAAAUAAUAUAUCAUUAUUGUUUGUUAAAGAACUUCCAAUUUGUAUUCUAACCAGUUCGAGAUAUGGAAAAUAUCCUAUGUGGAAAAGAUCAAGAAAUGAAAUGUUGUCAAAGGUUUAUUGAAGAGUUACAGGAAAAACUGAAAUGUUUACAAGAGGUCAGUACCCCUUAAAUUGUUCAGAGAUAGUAAUUUUUAAUCAUUCUACUAUCUGCUCCUAAUGAAUACAAUUGAGUCUGAACAAAAUUGUGACACCAAAAUAGAACAUCUUAGAUUAGCUUUGGUAGAUGAAAACAUAUAAAUAUAAUGAGGACUAUUAAUGUAAUGUUUAUAUCAUUUUAAUUUGUGUGUUUUAUUUAAACAUGUUCUUUUUACACACUGAUAGAUUGAUAUUUUUUUGUGUAUACUCCACAGGAAGUAGUAAGUGUAUUUGUGGUGUCUUAUAAGAGGAAAUGAAUUAUGGUAUUUCACACUUAAUUGUAUUGUAAUGACACCUAUAGUGAGUGGAGGUUCCUUUUUUGUUAGCAAAAGGAUUGGUACGUCUUUGCUUGUCAUGAGGUAUGGUUUUAAACUAUGGGAAGAUUUCAUUAAUUAAGAGCAUUUUUUUUUACCAUUUUAACUCUUCUGGCUAGUUGUAUCUGUAUUAAAUCCAUGUCAUUUUAAAAAUCAUUUGGCUAGUUUAGAGGAAAAACCCUACUGAUCUAAAAGUUUACCACUUAUGUCUUUGUAUAAUUUUGCCACAGAAUUCUAGCUCUGGUGCAUCUGCAUCUCUACAAGACAAAAUUAAGAGUUGCAGAGAAGAACUGCUCUGUCAAUCCAAGAUGUUGUGUGAGUGUGAGGAAGCUUUGAAGUAAGUUGGCAGAUUUGUUAAUCAUAUACUUAAAAAUAUUUAGGUUCUAGGAAGUACUUGCUUUGGGUGGGCUGACUUUGAUGGGAACUGGCUGUAUGUCAAGCAGACUGUCUGGCCAAGGAUGUGAGAACGGUCAUAGGCAGAGAAUGUAAAGCACCGCUUGGAAACCCACAUGCUUGCAAUGCCACACCCCCAUUUCCCAAUACUGCCACCUCCAGACCAGACGGGAAACAAAAUGAUAGUUUUUGUAUGACAGUUAAGGGGAUACUUUGUUAUGCAAACUGAUUGGUUUAAGAGAUUUUUUUUUCCAUUAAAAAUUUUAAAAAAUGUUUUGCAGAACUAGAGAUGAAUGUGUUCAAUUAGAAUUUAAAAUGAUAUAAAUAAAUUGUUAUGGGGAAAAAGGAAAGGCGUUCAUAUUGUAUAAUAGUUUCAUUGAAAUUUUACAUUCCAGACGUUGUCAGAUGGAAUUGAGAGACAAAUGUGAAGAAAUAAGGAUGCAAAACUGCACAUUGGAAGAACUGAAUUGCAAACUGCAUGAACGUAUUGCAAGGGUAUGGCUUAUUGUAAUAUUUUAUGUUCAUUAAAAAUGUUUGGACCCAAAAAUGAGUAGUAUGCAUAUGGCAUAAACGAGAAAUGAAAUCUGAAGAUAGAUAGAAGGGGAAAUUUUGUUUCAACCGACUACCUUUAGCUCCUUCCAUUAAACAUAAGUCAUAUUUUAACUAAAGUCAAUAGGACUUAUUUACCUGAAUUGAAAAUUAAUUGUUAUGUUAUAAAUUAUUAUCAUUGAGUUCAAUUUUUCUUUAUUUACUUUGAUUUUCAUACAGGUGGAUGAGCUUGAAAAAGCCAUUGAGAAUUUGAACAAAGAUAUAGAGAAGAGGAUGAAGAGAGUAGAUGAGCAGUUGAAGAAAUAUGAGUGUGAGCUAUGUGACAAGUCAAAACAGGUCAGUCAUUACCGCUUAUAUUCAUAAAGAGAGGAAGACAGUCUAUACAGCUAAUACUAAAAGAGAAAGUAUUAUUAAAGUAAUAUCAUAUUAAAAAAAAUUUUAUAUUAUAAUUUAUCAUCUCAAGGUUGGCAUCCUGUUUAAGUAUUGUUUAUCAGGAUAACAAUGUUAUUUUACAUGCACGUUUCACCUUACUAUUUCUUAAAAUAAAUGGAUGGUUAAGGCACAAAUAUUAUUGUAAUGAAGAAUGUACAUUUAUCCGUGGUUUUAAGCUAUUUUCAAACUUUUUAAAAAGAAAUGUGUAGAAAAUAAGGCACAUGUCAUCAAUAUAGGAUAGGCUUAGAAAUUAGGCACAAUGCACCAAAUAGAUUAGGUGUAGAAAAUAAGGUAUAUGGUAACAAAAUAGGAUAUAUGUAGAAAAUAAGGUGAAGUACACUAAAAUACAAAAUAAAUUAUAAUUUUAUAUUGUAAAUAUAAAUAGAUUUCUUUUGUCUGAGGGUUGGAUUAUAACCAAAAUAUUUAUCUCUAGGUGGGUUUUCAGCUACUUCCAGAAAGACACUUGGGUCUUUUUAUGUCACUAUUUAAAUGGACCCAAAUAUUUCUCAUGUCUGUUUAUGCCUCAGAGGGUAUUUUUAUGUCAUUCUAACUAAAUAGACCCAAAUAUUUUAUGUCUUUUUAUGCCUCAGAUCGCAGAUCUGGAUGACUGUCUCACUCGCUGCCAACACAAUCUCAAUGAAAAAGCCAAUGAGGCCUGUGUCCUGGAACAGAAAAACACCAGGUUGAUAUCAGAUUGGAAUGCUUGUCAGUUGAAACUAAAGGAAUGUGAAGAGGUACAUUUUUUUACUAUGCCAUCUGUCUUAAUAAUAAAGUUGUGUUAUAUUUUAAUUAGAGCUGAAGGGCCUUGGGGUCAGAUUGUUUAAUUGUAGAAAUGGUUUCUUGAAGGGAAUCCCCUUUCAUUUUUAUUAUAUAACAAACUUCCUGUGAAAUCCUCCCAUCCUGGGAAAUCCCAAGUUCAUACUUUUAGAAAAACAUUUCCUUUUUUUUUUCCAUCAGCAAUUUACAGAUUGUCACAGUUAUAAGCCAAACCUGUAAAAAUCUAGAUAAAUGCUCUGAAUUCUUUAGUAUAGUAGCUCUAUUACACAGGUUCUCAAGUGUUUUUAAGUCAAGACCACACUUAUAAAGUGACCCAUGCAUGGGAUGUAUUAAAAAAAAUUAUGUUGAAAAUUAUAAUUUAAACUUUUAGUCACCAAUUAAAACAUAAAACAGUUAAAAAUCGCUAUUUCUCAUAGUCAAUUGUUUCAGCCCUUGACAUCACAGAUAGUCCUUUGUAAAGCCAUUUGAGGUCACAUCCUUAUGCUCUAGUAACUUGAUCAUACCAGGCUGUUAAUGUACCUAGCUACCUUUAUGAUUUAAUAUACAUGUAUUAGCAUUGUUUAUUAUUUUAAAAAAAAUUGAAAAUAAACUUCUUGUUACAAAAAAAUUGCUCAUAAAAUUUUGUGAAGGAUUAGAAACCCAAAUAUUCAACCUGGAAACUAUGCAAAUCUUAAAUAAACGGUCAAGAUUUUUUCCCCUUAAGCUUAGCAAGCUUAACGUUAGUAGUUCUUUAAUACAAGGGUUCAGCAGGAAAAUGAAGCAAAUAGUAGCAAGUAAAAUCCUGGAGUGAGAUUCACUUUUAUCUUGUUUUCCCCGCGAUGAACAGAACUGCAGGAAAUAAGAAACCCUAGUUUUGGACUAUUAACCGUUACCAAAAUACAGAUCAUAUUUGAUAGGAAUAGAAUUUCAUUUCGAUAAAAUUGAACAUUGCUUUUUUGUUAUUGAACUUGUUGUCUCAUGCUUGUUAUUACAAUAAAUAUAUGUUCGCUUCCACAAUAACUUGAAUUAUUCCCAUUUUAUUGGGCACCCAAUAUGUCAUCCAAGGUAAAGUAGGGCAAGAUCAUUCUUAUUUAUGCUGGAAAUGAAAGUGUGCCAUGUAAAUAGUGUAGUAAUGAAAUGUUUGACAAUUCUGAAUUAGUUGCUGGGUUUCAAUUACUGUAAUACUUACAGGAGCAUAUCUCCAUUUAUCUUCAAUAGUACUUGUAAUGUUGCUAUCCUUUCAGACCAGAGAGUGUUUGGGCAAAGCAUUGAGCGAGCAAAGGGCAGAAAAUGCUGAACUUUCUCAAGAAAUUAGAGUUACCAGGUAAGUUUAUGUUAAAUACAUUUAUUGCGUCAAAUGUCAAUGUUUCAUGACAUGAGCGGUGUUUAUUGGUGAGGAGUUCAUUAGUAGCAUGCAUAGUGGGAGAUUGUCUAAAAUUGUACAUUUGCAAUUGGGGGUAUGAAAAUAUGACUUUUUUUGGUUUAUAUAAUUAAUUAAUUUUUGAAUAGUCUGAUGGAGAUAAGCGUGCUAUCUCUUUGGAAUCAUACCCCUUAGAUUUUUUAAUGUUUUUAAUGUUUAAUCUUGCUUUUAGUUUAAUUCCCUCUACUUGUGUCUUUUGUCUUAAAAAUGUGAACUGAAGGCCAGAGUGACUUGGGGCAACAGUCUGGCCAGAAGUGGAAUUCAACUAUUGAUAAAAAUGCAAUUAAGGUGUAAAUAAUAUCGAAUCACAUGUUUUAGAGAGUUCUGUCAACAUUUUUGAUAGAACUUUAGCUUUAAAUGACAACAGUUUAUCCAUCUCUGCCUAUUAUAAGCUAGCAUUCAACCAUAGCUGCCCACUCCAUUUCUUUUACACUUAAAAUCUUGAAAAGGCUUUCCCAUUUCCGCAACUUCUUUGUUACCCAAGCUGAUGCACCCCUUAAAGGUGACAAUGAUGACAGACAAAAAAUUAUCACUUGUCAUCCCCUUAUGGGAACAUCCUUAAAUGUCACUGUAUUUUGGCAGAUUUUUUUAUCUCCCUCCCCACAUCAUGACAUCUUUGUCACAAAAUUUAUAAAUUCUCAGAACACCUGACUAUGAAUUCAUGACCUCCCCCCCCCACUUUUAUGUUGUUGUUGUUUUUUUUGUUUACUAUUGUGACGUCAUUAAUGGAUGGUUCUUAAUCUAACCACCAAGUAGAUGUUUUUAUAAAAUUGAGCUUUCUUCUUACUGACUUAAAACACAUUUCUCACCCCACCCUUUUUUUCUCAUUAUCUUUAGACAGACAAAUAUGUAUUAAAUAAUUUUUAAAACUUUAUAUUUCCUUUUACUUGUCAUUUUUUUGGUCCUGUGCUGAAGAAAUCUUUUGCUUGAUGUUGUUUUGUGGUAUUUAAAAAAUUUUUUUUUCUCUAAUCUGCAUGUUCCUUAUUUCCUGAUUAAAAUAAGACAUUUUCCAUCUAAUUCUGUGCUUUAAAUAGUUUUAGUGUUGGGUGACUGGCUGGCCAAAUGGUCAAAACUGAGCAAACCUCAAGUUGGUGGUCUGGUGUUCAAGUCCAGCCAAAGGCCAGUCAAGCAGAAACAUCACCCCGGGUGGAUGAGACUCGUUAACCUUGGUCGGCAACUCAUCUAAGAGAAGGAAACUCUGAAUUCAAACCCGGAGUUGGAGUCCCGUAAGGCGCAAACAAUGACAAUUCCUGCAACCGAACCCAUCCCUGGUCGUCUUGACGUAGAGUCUUGCCACUGGAUAUGGUGGGCUCGGACGAGAGAGUGAGGUAGACGCCGCGCAACUCUUCUUCACUUUAAAACAGUCAUCCGCGCAAGUCAUCAGUCACCAGACGACGCGAUGGUCCUCGUCGAUCUUCAACGAACGAACAAUAAAUAAGUGUUAAGCACUAGUUUCAUUCUUUCCUCUUUUGAUUUACAGAGAACAUCUGCAACAAAAACAUCAGGAAUUGGUGGACACCCAACAAAGUCUUUGUGCUUGCAACAGAGAAUGUGACAGGGCCAGAAGAGAAUGCGAUGAUCUUAGAAACUGUCUUUCGGUCAGAUUACAUUUCUUGCUUUUGUCAUUUUUCAAAAUACUUUAAUAGCUUUUUAAAGUUAGGCUGUGUCGCAACAGUUAUUGAUGAUGACUUUUUUAGUGGGAGUAACAUUUAUGGUUUAUUUUGUUCUUGACUAAUCGAAAUAGAUUCUUCCCCUUUCAAUUGUAAGAUUAAAAAAAUAUAUUUGUUUCAUUGUCCCAAUAGACUUAUUAUUUAGAAGUAAAAAAAGGAUAAAAUUGGUCAAAAAAUAAUUUAAUAGAAAAAGUAAUGUUACUAAUCUCAAGUGAUUUUGCCAUUUUGAAUACCUAAUAUAUAUUGUCUCCUUAAGUGCUGUGAAUGUACAAUUCCAAAAUGUCCACUUGACAGCUCUGUGUAUUUCCUCUUGUGAACAUUUAGCAAAGGGAAUGUGAGAUUCAACAUCUUUCAGAGGAGAAGAAUUGCUUAGUAAGUAAAGUGGCACAUUUGACAUGUCGACUGGAAAAUGAAACCUGCCAGCUACAGAAUCAAAUGGCAGAAAUGAAAUGCAGGCUAGAAAAAGAGGUUGGUAUGAAAUUUGUUUAUUGCCAAAUUGUCCUAAAGGCUAAAUCCUAUAUUUUAGAUGUAGAACGAUUCUACUGCCAGAUGAGACAAAGCUUCUUCUUUACUUACCUAGGGCAGAUCUCAGCAUCAUUUUUUCAUGCGUGGCUUACCCUAGACCUUUCCAAGAACUCCCCGCCACACCACAAAUGGAACAUGCAAAAAUAUACUAAAUCUCAUAAUAUAGUUAACAUUCAUAAUGGUGUGAAAUGCUACUAGGUAUAAGAUUUCACUGUAUUGCUCCAUAUUAAUUAUAGGACACAUUUCUGUUAUUGCAAUGUUUGACAGCUUGUUAAAAGGCUCACCAAUGUCCCUUUUGUAGCAACAGGUGUUUUAUCAUUUCAAUGUGAUUGCAUAUAUUAUUUUCCUCUUCAUAGACUCAUUUAGCGCAGUACACCUGGCGUGGUGUGUGCCAUGGCACACCGGUUGCGGAACUCUGCUAUAGGGUUAGAGAAGGCUCCGAUUUUAGUAAAUUGGAAAUAGCAGUUGGAUAAAAUAUUUAAACAUUUUCUUUCUUAAGAAAUAAACUGUCAGUCUCUAAAUAUGAUAUUGUUCAUUACAUUCAAUAUGAUACUGUUCUUGUCUUUGAAUCUGGUACUGCUCAUGAAUUUGAAUAUGAUACUGUUCAUGACAUUGAACAUGAUACUGUUCAUAUACUUAAAUAUGAUAUUGUUCAUUGCAUUCAAUAUGAUACUGUUCUUGUCUUUGAAUCUGGUACUGCUCAUGAAUUUGAAUAUGAUACUGUUCAUGACAUUGAACAUGAUACUGUUCAUAUACUUAAAUAUGAUACUGUUCAUGACUUUGAAUGUGAUACUUUUAAUUUCUUUUAGUUUCCUGGUUGCACAGAAACUAUAGAAACCUAUUAAAUUUAAUAAUAAAGAUAAAAAAUGCAUGGAUAUGUAAAUUUGUUUAACUUAAAUGAUUCUGCAUUUUUUGCUUUAAAAAAUAGUGUAAAAUUUACCCUGUGUAAAAUAAAGAUAAAAUGUAUAUAUGUACAUUACUUUUCAAUUUUACAUGACAGAUAUACAAUUAAUUAUGAAACAGAAAAUGUUAAUUUUUUUGAAAGCUUCGUCAGUGAUACAGUUUUACUACAAAUGAUAAAUUUAAAUCACAAUUGUAUUCAACAUAUUCAGUGCAAAUUUGUCUUUAAUUCCUUCUCUAUAAAGUUAAAGAAGAGGAAUAUAAUUUUUUUGUUAAAUUUAAAUAAGUUAACAAACUAAAUUGUUUCCAAUCUUUUAGAAUGAAUCACUGCGCAUUUAUCAAUGUGAAAUUGAAGAAAACAAUGCAUGUCUCUUGCAAAAACUGGCAGCAUGUCAGCGACAGCUUUCACAGGUUGAGAAAUGUUGCCAUCAGAAGCUUGAUUGCAUGAACAGAGAACUGGAGGACCUUAAUAGCAAGUUGGCAGAUCGAGAAGAUCAGAUUGCCCAGUGCAAGGAAUGCCUCAAUCUUAAGGUAGAUGCAGUCUUAGGCUUUGUGCAUACAUUUAUAGUAUCUUUCAAAUUGUAUACCGUAAUGUAAUAAAGCAGUCUGAACAAAUUGUUCAGAUUUAAAUUAAGCAAAUAAAUAUUUACUUAUUUACAAUGAUAUGGAAAAGGUAAAGUGUGUGUAUAUAUAGUACCACUUUUUGUGUGUAUAUAUUGUACUACCUCAUAUUUUUAUAAAGUUUAGAUUCAAGAUGGGGCAAAUUUAACCAAAUAUUGAUUGUUUUGUUCAGGAAAAUGAAAUUAUGCGCUUAAAGUUAAGGCUAUGCAGUACCGACCGAUGUGGUGAAAACUGCUCAAGCAACAACCGCUGUUCAAACAACAGUAACGUUCCUGAUCAUGAGUACAGCGACCUUGAUAAUUACAGGCAGGACAAUAUAGACAAUCCGGUACCCCUCAUCAUAGCUCAGUUGCCUCCUACUGGAAAAUGUGAAGUGAGCAUACAGUAAGUUGGAUCAAUUAUUGGAAUAAUUUCUACCCAUAAUAUGCUCGCACCAACUAUUAAAAUAAUUAUGUUUGCUGUCAACUUGUUAUCUUAACAUGAAAAUCUUUGCCUACUGAUUUUUUCUAUGUUGGAACUGAUUUAAAUUAGUCCAUGAACAAAUUAUAGUCCUAACAGAAGAUAAUCAAUCAAAAUUACCAGUGGGAUAGCCUUGCCUUGGAUAGCAGUGGAAAAGAAAUGAAAAGAUAUUUAAAAAAAACAAACAAAAACAAAUAAAUGAAGUAUGUUAGUUAUAUCAGUCAUGAAAUUAGAGUGCUUACAAAAAUUUCACACUUUACAAAAUAAUAAUAGACAUUCCUCAAGUAAGUUUAUCAAAUGAAUGAUGCAUAUAUAAUCCUCCAUAAUUCUUAUAGUCAUUCUAACAGAUAGAAUAGUUUGUGCUGAAUUAAUAACUUAUAAGUGCUCAAAACAACCAAAGAUUAUCCAGAUCUUACAAAAGCAAACUAGACAUCUUAUGUUGAUGCAAAUUUAAUCAUCUCUAAAAUUCUUUUAAAUAGAAGUUAAAAAUCUCAUUACUAUUAGUGAAUAAUUUUUCAAAAUGUUAAUUAAUUAAAAAACAAAAAAACAACAACUGUAAAUCAUUAGCCAUUGGUAAAUAGAUGAUGUUAUUUAAUUUCAACUCCCCAGGAGAUGGAAGAUGGAUGGUGACAGAGAAUCUAUAGCGUCUGAAUCCCUCAACAUUGAAUCACAGGAAGAAAAUUCAUAUGGUUAGCUUAAUUCUGUAACUUCUUGUAUUUGAUAAGUGCUCUAGUAGUGGUCGCACAGUUACAGCCAGGAUAAAUAGGAUUCCACCAGGGGGGGCUGAAGGAAUUAAAGGGAAAUGAAAUCCCGGUUAUAUUAAUAAUUAAAGUUUUAAGUAAGGAACUUGAACUUGAAGUAUAAUAGCGAUGCCACUUUGGCACACCCUUUUGUUAUUUUAUAUUUAGAAGCCAAAAUAUAUAUAAAAUGAAGUUAAAAUCUCAACAUUAUGCAGGAUAAAUUAGUGAGUCAUUCUGGUCAUCCAUGAAAAAAUUUAGCUUUUUAAUAUUUCCUUUUUAAAACAAUUUUUGUUUUCAUUGAAUUGGUUGAUAUUUUCAAUUUCUCGAGUAUUUUAAAGUCUUUUUGUUUCAUUCAAUACAAUUAUCAUAGUGGUUCAAUUUAAUAUGAUUUUUGGUGUCCAAUAUUGUUUUCUAGUACAGUGCAAUUUUAGAUGAAACCCCUAUUCUAUGUAAACACAUUUUGAAAGGUCGGAGUGGUUUAAACUAGAUGUGAACUGCCUGUUCAAUUAAAAUAAAAAAAUAAAAAAUGAGGUAAAUAGUUGAAAGAACCCCCCCCCCCCCCCUUUUCUAAUUUGCAUAAACCAUUUUAGGUGAUUAGGUAAGGUGUGGGCAAGUACUGCCGUAAACCAUUUUAAACAUUUUAUCCUGGGUACCUGCCUUUUAUUUCACUAGUGCAGCUGUUUGGUUCAGGCGAAUGUAAUAUUUAUGUCUUAUAUUACAUCACAUGCACAGAAAGGUAGUACAAUGACUACAGUAAGCCACUAGGCUAAAAAUUACUUUUGCGAAUCUAGCCAGUUAUUUGAGAAAACAUAGAGCAACAGUAUGACUAUAAUUAUGAGAAAUUAUCUGAAAUAUAUAGACUGUCUAAAUUUUAUGAUAAUUAUUGCAGACUUUGUGAAUAAAUGUACACACUUUCUGUGGAGACCCCUGUCAUAAGCCCCUGUACACAAAAUCUUCAAAAUCAACACACACACACACACCCUCCCCCCUCAAUGAUAGGUAAUAUAUGGAUGGCCCAUUAGAUAAAAAAAAAAAAGUUAAGUACAUUUUUUCUUUGACAUUUCUUGUUUUGAUUUAAUUAUAGAUACUGAAGUACAACCUGAAAACCUUAGUGGUAAUGACUCUUCAAGCCAGCGAAACAGCUUAGGGUAGGUCCACUUUCAUUAUGUCCAAAGAUAAACUUCAGCCGUUUUCUAAAUGAGACUCUUUUUUUAAAAGUUUUUAUCUCGGUACCGCAAGGAAUGAGGGUCUAUCAAAAUAACCAUUCUUCUUUUAAUUAAAGUUGCCACCAAAGAAAAAUUAAAACAAUAUUUAGCAUUUUUAAACAUUCAUUUUUUAAAAUUAAUGACUUGUUUUCAGUGGACCUCAUUUUUCUAAGUCUUAUUUUUAUAGUAAAAAAAUAAUCUGUUAUAAACACUGGUUACGUGUUGGUUCAACUGUGGUCAUAUUGAUGACUUGUUGGUUCAAACGUGGUGGCCCGCUGGUUCAUCUGUGGUCUAAGUAAAGUAUGCAGCAUAAUUGUAUACUAUGUCUGGAAAAUAGGAUAGCACCUUUGCAUAAAUAAGCUUUAAGGGCUUUUAAAAAAAUUCUAAGUUUUGAAUGCUUUUCAGAGUAUCCGAAGUUCAAGAACAGCUCCGAUCAAAUCAGAUGCGUCAAAAAGCAAUAGAUAGGCAGCUCAAAUCCUUGACAGAAGAAUCAAGAGAAAAUGCCCUAGUCAGCAACAUCUAUGAAGUUGGAGUGCAGUAUUAGCUGAAAUUUUGCUCAUCAGAGCUACAAAACCAUCAUUCAUCAAUGUGACUCAUAAAUAAGAAAAAGAAUUCCAAAACAUCUAGUUAAUUUAAACUACUUUCUUAACCUUCUCAUUGGGGUCAUACACACAUAAAAGCAAACGACUUGAAAAAAAAAAACCCAGUUACAAAGUAUAAGACAGCCAAUGCAUAAACAUCUCUGUUAUGUAAUCAAUUUUAGCCAUCUGUGAUUUAGAAGGAAAUAAAACAUUUUUUUAUAUUAGAUCAGGCAUACUGAAUAUGUUCUUCUUAAAUUUAAACAUUUACAGUCUACAAUAAUACAUUUGAUUACAAAAUUGUUUAUAAAAUUUUUUUAGGUGGUUGCAGAAUAAAUGUUAUACACUUUCUCCUGAAAUCUUUCUCUUUUUUUUUCAUGAUGUUAAAAUUCUGCAGGGAAUAUAUUUUUUUUAUCCAAGUUAUGGGAAAACAAUGUUUUAUUUUGGAAUCAUUUAUUAGAUAAGGCAUUUUUAUCUUUCAGUCACUCUGGAAGUAAGAGCUGAUGGAGGGAGUCAUUAUAGUUUUUUUGAGGACCAUCAUGUACAAUUCAGUUAUUCAUAUUCUAAGGGCAAAUUAAAUAGGUUACAUCUGAUGCAAACUUUAAACAUAUUGCAAGGGCCUUAAUUUAUUCAAAGAUAAACACCAAUCGGCUUCCUAGAAACAAUUUCUGCUUAAAGAGCCACCCAGUGGCAUGUAGACCUUUAGAUUGCCAAAAUCUAUUGUCAGAAUCUAGGGCAUAGCUGGUGUCUGCAACCAGCAGCAUUUCAAUGUGUUGAGCAUCACUUGCUUAUUUAGUUUUGUUAAAUUGAUAUUGGGCAAGUGGACAGUGUUGUAUACAGUCCUUGACUCCUCCCUUAUAUCGCCCAGGAUCUGGGUAAACUCCACGCUAGAUGCUUCUUCAGCUCCCCGAUCCAAAGUCAGUACCAAUCGUAUUCAUUUUUUGUGAUGUGGACAUGUUGAGCAAUCAUUGAAAGACUUGUCUAGAAGACCAUUACAGUACGACUUGAGACUAGUCAUAAUUUUUAACACCACAUGGGCUUGCACCCCGAUUUGGUGAAAGAUACGGGACUUUUUUCUUUUUUUUUUUUUAAUUGGUAGCCUUACAAGUCUAUACAGUUUUACAUUAUCAUUUACAUGUUGAGCUGAGAUCAAUUUGAUAACUCCAUUUACCAUAAUUUUUUAGCAAUCAAACUUUUAAUGAGGUUGCAAAGAAUGAAUUUUUAAUGGGGUUUAUUUUUCUUAAGAUGCUUGUGACUCGUAGCAGAUGUCUCAACAAAAAUAAAACUACAGUUUGAACUAAACUCGUCUAACUUCUGCUAUUUCACUUCUACGUUUAACCUCUUUUUAUACCAAUUUUACAAUUUGGAUGACCUGUAAUUUUUUUUUUUUAAAACUUCCAUUUGAAUUCUUUGUGUUAAGUUUUGUCAUUAUUUUCAUUGUGCCUGUGCCCCACGAUCAUAUACUUCUAAUACUCUCAGUAGUCAAGGCUUGUAAAUGUCUCAUGGCAAUCAUAAAUAAUUAAAAAAAAUAAGCAGUCUCAAUGAUUUUCUAUCAAUAAAACUUGAUUAUUGAUAAAAAAAUAGACAUUAACAAUAUUGUUGAUAGUGAUGAAAAUGUUUCGCACUGUUUAGAAGCAAUUCUUAGGAGUCCUCUAAAGAAAAGCAGGAUUGCGCCUCACAGUAUUUGUAUUCUGUAUGUUAUUUAUUAGGUUCACACUCAGUGAACUGCUUCUGUAAUUUGAGCUAAAUCUGGCAACAUUUUUAAAAGCAUUCAUACUGAGCUACACAUCUUUGGUCCAUUUUACACAUAAUAUCCGUCCAAUAUUUAUUUGGCUAUUGAUAUUGUCAUUUUUCAAAACAUGGCUAAAUAAAAAAUCCCAAUAGGCAGUUACAAUGAGUGAAUUUGACCCAAAAAGUUAUAAAUAUGUAAAUACAUUAAACAAAUUUCUUUUUCCUAUCUAUGCGGCCACUAUAAUAUUGUCCAAGCGUGUCUUGGUUAUUUAAGGUAGAUUGAUACCAAAAUGUUUAAAAACCGGAGACAAAAAAAAAUGGGUUUGGUACUACUGUAAAACUGUUCAAUGUUAAGCUUUUACUUUUGAGCAGAGCAGAUUUGAUGUCUAUGCUUAUAAUCUGAAUAAAGAUUCCUUAUUUGCAGCAAACUUUAACCUACUGUGAUAAUACUUCCAUUCCAUUUUAUGCCACAACCUUUUUUUGUCUUUUGAUGAUUCUACUACAAAAUGAGACACUACUACCUGUUUCUUUUCACCAAAUUGUUUUAUUUUGAGGUUCUCUUUUAAAUAAUUAAUCUCAAUCCAUCAAAUUAUGUGAAAAUUAAUGGUAUACAAUUUUCUGGAUCUUAUUUUAUGUUAGCAUAUGUUAAGAUAAAACCUUAUAAUAGCGUUAAGAUUUUGUAUUUUAUUUUUUGGGUGCCACAAUGUCUCAUUUUGGGUAUAGGAUUAUUUCUAUGAAUUUCUGCAAAAUUGUUAACACAUUCCUCCACCUUAUUUCAUUAUUGCUUGUUUAGUUUUUAUCCCGUUCAAACUUUUAUCUGACCUCUGUUCAAACUUUUAUCUGACCUCUGUUACUGAAACACAUUUUGUUGAUUUCAUAUUCUCAUUGUUGGAUCGAAUUUUUGUUGUUGUUAGUUUUUAAUACUUUGAAGAGAAUUUCUUAAAAUAAACAUUGUGAACCCAGC